AUGGCAUCUUCCACUAUUGACAAGUCCAAGCCGUACUUUCCUCUCGCUGGAGGUGCUGAUGAUGGCUGGUCUACCGAGGAUGAAGCGACGGCCACAUGCUUUUGCGGGGCGGUGCAACUGUCAGUCGUAAGUCUCGAUUCCAAUCCUGCUCUUGCUUUUCGCGAUUCUAACAGGGGCUCCCAGCCAACCCAUGGACCUGGCUACGUCGGAUCCUUCGUUUGUAACUGCUCUGACUGCCAUAAACUUACCGCAUCUGUGCACGCGACCAACUUCACGGUGUAUGACACGCACCUGAAGCACCUGCGUGGCCGCGACAACUUGAAGACAUACAGCCAGUCGCGCACUGUGUUUUUCAAAACUCCCGACCAGGACAACACUAUGACCAACUACUUUUGUUCCACAUGCGGCUCCCUUAUGUACCGCGUUGGCGCGGCUUUCCCGGGUAUGAGUAUUCUGCGCGUUGGCAGUGUGGAUGAUUUCUCUUUGCACGAGACUAAAUUGAGACCCACGAUGGAGCAGUUUACCAAGGACCGUGUGGCGUGGAAGGCUCCUACAGAAGGGACUAAGCAAUUUGUGGAAGAUGGUCUGCAUGUAUAG